UAUAUUACAUUAAUAACUAUAUCUGUAAACAUGUAUUUAUGACAUUCAAGCGUUAAUUUGACACUGUAUCAAAAACAAAUCACGUGAUUUUUGUGUGUUUGGCCAAAAUGGCCGAAGGUGGUGGGAACGAAAAGCAGUUCCUGGGGAAAUUUGUGCAGAAGCAGACGAAGUAUGGAACUACAACAAAAUUGGCCCCGAAAAGUACGACCUACAUUAAACACAGGAUAUCGGAAAAGGACACAAUGAUGGGUAUUGCUCUUAGAUACGGAAUAACGGUGGAACAACUGAAGCGCGAGAACAAACUAUGGACCAAUGAUAGUUUGUUUCUAAGGGAACAUUUACUGGUCCCUGUUGCUAGGGAAGACAUAGCAACACUGCCAGAGGACUUUGAAGUGGUUGACAUUGAUCCUAGAUGUAGGUCAAGGUCAGGGAGUCAGAUUUCAAAUUCUAGUCGUAAAAGCACUGAGAGUGGUGAGCAUGGGGAUUCUACAAACAACAGUGUUUCUGCGGAACCUAAACCCUCACCACUGGACUUUCUUAAUAAAUAUGAUUCUAAUAUAGCACAACUUAAAACUAAUAUGGAAAAAAUGGAAACGAAUGCAAGAUCUUUAACCAAAGGAGAGUCAGAUGAUCCACUGACAUUUCUUCCACGGAAAACUAAAAAUGGUGCUAGACGACAUUCCGGUUCAGCGGUUACCGUUCGACAGUUGGAUACAGGGGGUCAUAGGUCAGACAUGGAAAAACGGAAAACAAACAGUAUGGAUUGUGAAUCUUCGCCAGUUCUUUUGAUUAAGUCUCGAAACAAAACUCGACAAGUUCAGACGUCACGUGAGAAACAGGAACGAGCUAAUGACGAACUGUUUGAAUUAUGAUACUGUUAAUAUUUUUUUUGUUAACUUUGUUUGUUUUUGAGUGAACCGAUAGACAAUACCAGAGCUUCUGUACCUAGUUUAUCUGACGUAGAAACUAUGUCUGGUAUUAAACCCACCCAUCCUGAUUUUGUAGUUGAAUAAAAUGUCAGGAAAUACUAUUUAAUUGUCCUGGAAUAAGGAAUCCCAGCCAUCAUCCCCUCUCAAUUCCUCAUAUCCCCUUCACCCCUAUUUUUUAUUUUUUUUUGUAAUAGCCCCAUGGGCUUAUAACAGGGUAAAUACAGUAUGUAUCGAUACUACAUCUUACAUUUUUACCUUCCCUAUUAAGUAUUAUAUCAAGUAUUAUUGAUUCAGUAUAAAAUAUAGUUUAAAAUGAAAACUAGGCGACAGUUUUUCACUUGUCUACUUCCCUGGCAUGAUGGUACUGUUUUUUUUUUAUACGCCUGUCAAAUUUGAUGGGAGUAUUAUGGUAUGGUGUUAUCCGUCUGUCAGUCUGUCCAUCUGUCCGUCUGUCUGUCCACCAUCUGUCUGUCCAGUGUAAACUUUUGUUUGCCUGGAGAUCUUCUCCUACAUUUAAGGACUUAUCUCUUUAAACCUUUCAGAAGAGAAAAUUCUCCCUAAGGAGAAAUUCUCCAAGAACCAACGUCCUGCAGAGUUCAAAAAGAUGCUUUGUUUCAUCACUGGGUUCCAGGAGGAUCCAUAGUAGAUACAGAGGCCUCUUAAACAAUCCAGGUAAAUAACAAAAUAAAAAGAAGAGUGCCAACUCCUGAAUCCAGGUAUCUAAAUGUUGUAUUGAAAAGGAAUGCUGGUUGCCGACCAGCAUUCCUUUUCAAUACAACGUUUAGAUACCUGGAUUCAGGAGUUGGCACUCUUCUUUUUAUUUUGUCUUUAAACCUUUGUAUACAUUACAAUCAUGACAUGUAUUUUGUGUUACCCUGAAAGGAAUUCUGAUAAAGUUAUUGCCCAUUGUUUACUUCGGUAUUUGAAUUUUGUACGGAGAUCUAUCAUUCAUUUUUCAACUAAUUCCUUUGAAACUUUUACGCUUUAUAAUUGUGAUAUAUAGUUAUUUUUCCGGCAUUUUGAUUCAACUAAUUUUGCAUUUUUUUUCUCCUACGUUUUUCAACUGAUUUCUUCAAUAAUAAGUUGGCUUUAUAACAUCAAGCUGUGUUUAAUAAAUUGGAGAUUACUUUAGUAGUUUCUGAUUACUGGGUACUGGUAUUCCUCAAACUGUUUAGUGUUAGAAUAUCAAAAUAAAAUAUUAAACAUUGACUUUGUAGUGAAAGUAAAGGCUGGAUUAAAAGCAUGCCAUCUAUGACUACUCAUAAAGUGAUGCAAAAUCUGUGGUGGCCAAGUGGUUAAGGUGUCCUGAUACUUUAACACUAGCCCUCCACCUCUUGGUUGCGAGUUCAAAACCCACAUGGGGCAGUUGCCUGGUACUGGCCCUAGGCUGGUGGUUUUUCUCUAGGUACUCCGGCUUUCCUCCACCUCCAAAACCUGGCACGUCCUUAAAUGACCCUGGCUGUUGAUCAUGAUAGGAUGUUAAACAAAAUAAACAAAAUGAUACAGAAUAGCACUAAUGACAUUCAACGGGUGUAUGUUGUUCAGACACACUGUAAUCUUGUUUGCAGUUAGGUAGACAAGAUAAAUUUAGAAAAGAUUUAUGCCAAUUUUUUUUUCAGUUAUUUUUCCUGUGAUAUAAUUUAUUGUUGUAAGAUUUAAUUGUUGAAAUGUUGUUACUUCAGUGUAACACAGGAUUUAUUGAUGGAAGGCAUGGAUUUGUGGCGCCGAUAAUUCUGAUAUGUUAUAAAGAAGGGCAGGUAUCUAAUAUGUAAACUAGCCCAUACCAGUUUGGUUUAAUCUUAAUGUGUUCAUGUAGUUAAGGUAGAUAGCCUCAUAUGAUUGGCAUUUUAAAUAUAAAGAUUAACUUGCAUAAUUGAAUAGAAAUAAACUUCAUUUACUGAAAUUAUUUUCA